AUGAGCUCGGCGCCAGUGUGUCCGUUUGCACAGACUACUUCCUUCGCGCUGCACACCCCCCCCCCUCCGUCACUCCCCUCAUUCCCCAUGGCAGCCUUCAGUGCCACUCUUGCGGCUACGAGUCCGUCAGCCGCAUCGUCUACCGCCGUGACGUUCAGUGUGCUUGGCUCAGACACGUCCGGAACCGCUCACGACGGCACACGAGUUUCGUCUGCCAAAGUCCCUGCAGCUAGACCCACGGGAAAGGAGCUUCUAAGCAGGCUUCUGCAGCAGCCAGAUUGGGAGCGAUCCGCUGUGCUGCGCGGACGGGAUGCGGCAGUCCUUGCUGCGACGCAUCCACUGACCCCAGAAGAAAGCCAAGCCCUCGUGGCUCUAUUCGAGGCAGACCGCGACACGGCUGUCGGGAGGGGACUCUUGUUCCUGGGCGAGCGAUACGAAGUUCACUGUUUUCAGCCGCCUCUUGUCUACGGUCGGCGAGGAUCUGGAGAAAACAGCAAAGGCAUCGCCUUGGUAAAGGGUGUGGGGGCGGACGCGGAGCCGUUCAUCGCGCUGACCACGUACGCUCCGCCUCUCGUCAGUGCGUGCAUCGUUCCUCAGCUCAUCAGCUUCUUCCAUUCCAAUCUGGGCAUCGUACCUCACGUCGCCGUCCCUCCGCUGUAUGAGCAGUUUCUGCGGACCGCGCAGCACCGGGGAGGCGGCCAAGCUCGGUGA